AGAAUGGCGACCGAGGAAGAUAGCGCUGUGAAGGAGCCUUUGGAUCUCAUUAGGCUCAGCCUCGACGAGCGCAUUUAUGUCAAGCUUCGAUCCAAUUGUGAACUCCGAGGAAAACUCCAUGCUUAUGAUCAGCACUUGAAUAUGAUCCUUGGUGACGUUGAAGAAAUUGUUACCACUGUUGAAAUCGAUGAUGAAACAUAUGAAGAGAUAGUUCGGGUUACAAGGCACACGGUGCCAUUCCUCUUCGUUAGAGGAAAUGGUGUGAUAUUGGUUUCUCCGUCACUGAGGAUAGCUUGA